CGCAGUGCCCGUCUGCCAUGGCCCGCGAGAACGGCGAGAGCAGCUCGUCCUGGAAAAAGCAAGCCGAAGACAUCAAGAAGAUCUUCGAGUUCAAGGAGACCCUGGGAACUGGGGCCUUUUCUGAAGUGGUUUUAGCAGAAGAGAAGGCAACUGGAAAGCUGUUUGCAGUGAAGUGCAUUCCUAAAAAGGCGCUGAAGGGCAAAGAAAGCAGCAUAGAGAAUGAGAUCGCGGUUCUGAGAAAGAUUAAGCAUGAAAAUAUUGUUGCCCUGGAAGAUAUUUAUGAAAGCCCAAAUCACUUGUACCUGGUCAUGCAGCUUAGAAACCCAGACUUCCUGUGGGAGGCCACUGCUCUGCCUGCAGCACCCCCCAGUUGCAUGAGACUGCUCUCUUGUAAAGGAGACUUCUGGUCCAGUGCCAUCUCCCUGGAUCUAAUAUUUCAACACUACAUUGUCAGAACAGAACAGUGGCCAAGUGUAUCUGGUGGAGAGCUGUUUGAUCGGAUAGUGGAGAAGGGAUUUUACACAGAGAAAGAUGCCAGCACUCUGAUUCGCCAAGUCUUGGAUGCCGUGUACUAUCUCCACAGAAUGGGAAUUGUCCACAGGGACCUCAAGCCCGAAAACCUGUUGUACUACAGUCAAGAUGAGGAGUCCAAAAUAAUGAUCAGUGACUUUGGAUUGUCAAAAAUGGAAGGCAAAGGAGAUGUGAUGUCCACAGCCUGUGGGACCCCAGGCUAUGUUGCUCCAGAAGUUCUUGCCCAGAAACCAUACAGCAAAGCUGUUGACUGCUGGUCCAUCGGGGUGAUUGCCUACAUCUUGCUCUGUGGCUACCCUCCUUUUUAUGAUGAAAACGACUCCAAGCUCUUUGAACAGAUCCUGAAGGCAGAAUAUGAGUUCGACUCCCCCUACUGGGAUGAUAUCUCUGACUCAGCAAAAGACUUUAUCCGGAAUCUGAUGGAGAAAGACCCAAGUAAAAGAUACACCUGUGAGCAGGCAGCUCGGCACCCAUGGAUUGCUGGUGACACUGCCCUCAACAAAAACAUCCAUGAGUCUGUUAGCGCCCAGAUCCGAAAGAACUUUGCAAAAAGCAAAUGGAGACAAGCAUUUAAUGCCACAGCCGUGGUGAGGCAUAUGAGAAGGCUACAUCUCGGCAGCAGCCUGGACAGUUCAGGUGCAGGUGUCUCGAGCAGCCUCAGUCUGGCCAAGCAAAAAGAUUGCCUGGCACCUUCCACGCUCUGUAGCUUCAUUUCCUCUUCGUCGGGGGUCUCAGGAGUUGGAGCUGAACGGAGACCCAGGCCCACUACUGUGACAACAGUGCACACUGGAAGCAAGUGACGGCUCUGGAGGUGGGGCCAGGGGCGGGGCCAGGGAAGGGGAGCCCAGGGCCACCAGGCCGGUGCCUCCAGCGAGACCCCACCCCUACCUGCAUGGUGCACCUUUCUGCAUAGGACUGGAAGACAAGUUUUUUAUGGCCAUAUUUUAUACUGCAAUUCUGAAGUGUUCAUUUCUCACAAACUGUACUGAACUCAAGGGGAGCUGAAUUAAUAGGAUCUGGUGCUGUAAAUAUGAAUCUUGCAAAGCUCUAACUGAAUGGACCUUGUCCCCUCCCCUCAUUCUGUCGUUUCCACUCUUCUCAGUGUAGACAGCUGUCUAGGAUGUAAUUUUUUCAUGGAAAAAGAAAAUUUCAACUGGAUUAUUUAAAUAUUGGUAAAUAUUGCACAUUAGCAUUUUUUUCCUUUGAAGAAAUAUGUCUUUUUGAUCUGUAUCUCAGUUACAUGACCUAUAUUGUUUGCUCUUCAAUAGUAGUUUUAUGUUAGCCUUUAAGAGAUUUUUUUCCUCCAAGGAGAAUUUAAAGGUGUUUUUAAAAACUCUAAUAAGAAGAUCUAGAAUCUGUCUCCCAGGCUAAGAGUGAACUUGACAUCUGUUCCUUCCCUUUCCCCUUCCUCGGGAGGGUCAGCUCUGAAUGAAGGCGUUCUGGCAGCUCCAGGGGGCUUCUUCUCUCCAGCUCUGGGCGGCUAUGCAGGAAACCCUUCCCACGGCAGCAUCAGACAGCCCCAUGGCAACCACUGCGAAAUGAAGAAUCCUGCUCCCCUGGGACCCAAGGCUGAACUUCACAGUGAACCAUGCUCUCUGAACUUGAGACCCACAAAGCCAGGACUCGAGCGUCCCUUCCCUAAGGGGCAAGCUGCCAUCUGUGUAAAGCAACCCUGCACGCAGCCCUCGUUUCUCAUGAGGGACAACAAAUGAAACUCUGAUCUCAGCUAUGCAGUUUUAAAAUGAAUCUCUUUCUGUUUUUUUAAAACGCAUUUCUAAUCUUAUAUUUAAAAUGGCCUCUAAAACACACACACACACACACACACACACACACACACGCACGCAUGUUGUUUCUGCACAUUUUUACUACCUUUCUCUGGAGUGAUAAGAGGUGACCACCAAGUGAGCAGGACACUGGCCAUUGCAGAAAUGACCUCAGACAGGCCCCACUGGGGUGCAAAACCACUGUCAUGGGGGAUCCGAAGCAAAGGACUAUGGUCAUAGGGUCACCAAAUACCCCAGUUUACCCGGCACUCAAGGAUUUUCCAGGAUGUAGGAUGACUUCUAGUGGUAAAACUGGGACUGUCCCAAGAAAAUCAGGCCAUCACAGGAAAAACCACACAGAGGCUAGGUGUCAGGACAGAGUGAGCGCAGCGUGCAGCCCUGGGCCGACCCUGCAGGCUGGCUGACCCAUAGAGCCAUGCAGUGGACACCAGUGUUCUUCACACCCGUCCGGCAUGUAUGGGCUCAGCUCCAGCCUCUUAGCUCCCUCUGCUACUGAGGUCCUUGCUGGUCCAGUGACAGCCCUGGCUGCUGCUCCCAUGCCUCUCUCCUGCAGGUGACCAGGUGUGGAUGGUCUUCUUGGGCAAGGCUUUGUCACUUCUACACUUUGCCUGUGUUUAACGAUGCCUCUCUGGCCCUCUACAACACACACACACACACACACACACACACACACACACACACACACACAGUGUUACCAGGCUCACAGCCCCAGCCCUCCUUACUAAGGACACCAGCAAAGAAGGUGUAAGAGCAGCUGGAAAUACAGGCAACUGGUACCUGUCCCCACCUGCCUCACAGGCGGAAUCCUUUUUGGCGUCUGUCAUAUAAGUUUAUAGGUUGAGAAUUCAAGCUCUCACUCUUUCAGAUCUGCAAAAAGCCUGGAAAAGUCUUAUGAAAUGACAACAGGCCCAGUGAAGAAGCAAGUGUCAUCUACAUCAGAGACACAUCAACCUCUUCCCUUAAGGUAGACGAUGACAUAAGUAUUAUAAGCAUAUUUGAGAAAACUAAGGAGUCCAUCUAGGUUUGUGAGUAUAUUGCUUACCAAUUAGUGUCAUGGGAACAUUCAGGUUCAUACAGUAUAAGGAAAAAACUAAAUAGAUGGUUACAAGGGGUAAUUAUUCACCUGAGUGUGGUACUUCUAGGGUGAACAUGAGUCGUUAUCAGAUCUUUGUGCUGCAUGGUAUAUUCAGCCAUUUGCAGUUAGAAACCAGUGUUUAACCCAAGCUCUAUUAUUGGUGAUGAAAAUAUUGUCUGGAGGUGAUAUGGGAGUGCACGUUAUAUGCAGUUCAUUUGAAAGUAUCUUGUGCCUGAAAAGUGUAGAACGGGAGAGUGCUCCCUGGUGGAGGUGCCCACCAUGCCUGCUGGCCUUCAGGAUGAAAGAGAAAGGCUUCUUUCCAACUGCGCUGAGUAUUAUUUAUGUCUCAUUACAAAAUGGGAAAAGAGCACAGAAUAGACCUUUCCUUAAGACCUGAUAAAUGGGCAGGCGGAGUCCUGGGCCACUGGGCUGAUGCCAGAUUCCACCAGUAUUAGCCGAGCACUACCUCCAUGCCCCAGUGUGUUUGGCUGAGGCCAAGGACGGCACCCAGGCCCCCUCUCAGGGUUCUUUACCCCUCUCCCCUUGGUCUCUUCGUCUUCUCAGAGUAAGUGAGUUUUUGUGCUCAUGGAGGUAAUAGAAUGGGCUUUCCCUCUGCGGCCUGUCUGGCCUCCCUUGCUCCCUGACCUUCAGUUCCGAAGCGAGGCAGGAAGAGCAGCUAGUAUUCAUGUGAAGCAACAGCGAGUGGCACCCACACGCAGGCCCGACGGGCCUUGUCACUCCUACCCAGGGACCCUGCGGCUGGCUGCUCCCUUCUCCCCACAGCCCUGCUUUCAGCAGCUACUGGGGUCUGGAGCCUCAGACAGGGGUGGUGGCUAGAGCUGGGAAGUACAGGGCAUGCCUAGGUGACAGGCACAAAACUCCAGAGGAAAGAGGAGGUCACUUCCCACAGCGCCUGGCCUCCUUGCAGAAUAGAGAAGAUAACCCACCUCUCUUCAUCUCCUCUUGAGAGAAAGAACUAUGCAGCUAGCAUCCACAAAAAAAAAAAAAAAAAGGCAGGUGCGGCUUCGUGUUUUUGACUUUGGUCCUUGUUGCUUCUAAAAUCUCACUUGGAGAAUAGGGAGCAGCCCCUGGGACACGGGAGCUUGUGACUUGGAGAGAGUCCCCCUGUCUAACUUGCUCUUAGCAUAGGGUCAAGGGACCUGGGCAGUCAGGCCUAGGGCUUCUUUCUGAAGAUGCUGUGGCUAAAAGGCAAAGGUUGGGGUUUUAGAAAACAUUAGCUGUGUGAUAAAAGGAAUUGAUUCCCGGACUCAAUUUACCUACCCAGCAGUAGCCUCAUGCUGUGUGUUUGUCCCCCUUAGUGUUCUGUGUGACCUGGGUAGGCUGUCAGUGGGGGAGGGAGCUCCCCUUUGGAACAAAGGCCAAGGGACAGGAAGCCUCAUUGGUUGCCUCAUGAAAUAGGAUUGAUCCCCUAGUGGAAUGAAACUUAGCUUGAUUAACCCACUGGCUCUCACAUUUUAUGAGCACUUUUAAAGAGAAAACAAAGACCAUAUCACAGAGCUGGACAAGGUGUUUAGAGCUGUGGACACCCUUGGCCUACUCAGAUCCUGGGUCAGAAGUGAUAUUCAUCUUGGGGAAGCCAUGGUAGAGCCACUGAGGCAGAGCUGGAGACAGGGCCUACUUCAGCCCACAGGGCACUCUCCUCUAUGUAAUUCCCACACAUCGGCCGAUGGGGCACCUUAAACAACAAGGAAGGAAGGCGAGGGCUGGCAAAGGGCAGCUCCCCCCAUUUUCCAUGACAGACAUCAGCUAGGUGGUCUUCCAGGUCUCACAGAGUCCUGCCAGCAAGUGAAACGAAGAUCCUCCCCUUCUGCCAGUGCACGAGCCCUUCACAUAUCCUGCUAUCUGCCUCCUCUCACUCCACGGGGUUUGCCUUGUCCUGAAACACAUUCCAGACCAAACACUGUUCAGUUUGUUUCCAAAAGAAAAAAAAUAUGUAUAGACUGUAUGUAAUCUACCACUCUUCUGCGGGGCCCGGUCCUAUGUUGGAGCUGCAAGCACACUUGACCCUUGUCAAACGUGUUCCAGUCCUUUGAUUUUGCAGAACUGAAAAUGUCAAGGUAAAAAAGCUGAACUGGGAAAACAGAUUUGUAAAAGAGGGAUUCACUUCCUGAGAGCUCUAAGGACAUUCCUGUGCAGAUGAGUUAGCUUGAAAACUUCAACUCUUGAGUGGCAGGAAUGUGUGAGGAAGAGGAGAAGGAGGAAGACAAAAGCCCACGCCCCCUCAACAGGUCCCUUCUCCGUGGUCCCAAUGUACAUGGUCUGCAGCCGGGCAUGUGCGCAGGAGCCAGCCCUGUUGCAAAGUCUGCCCUGCAUGCUGGCUACAGCCUAGCCUGCCUCCUGCUCCAGCAGCAGCCACACCUCCAGGAUCUUCCAGAAGGAGUUCGCCCUUUCCAGAUUUCCCUGCCACCUCCAGUGGGAGCAGCUAAGCUUGUGGCUUUGGGGGCUCCGCUUCUGCAAACCUAACGGCUGUGCAUUUGGAAGCUGAACACCCAGCAUGUGGCUGCCGAGUCUGGUUUUGUGGACAAUGCAAACUGUGGAAUGGCUUUUCGGUGUCUAUCUUUCUACACCAAAGGGACAAACUGUGGCAUUCGCCCUUUGUACUAAGGCCGCUUCUGCAUUCACCUGUUUUUAACCUUUUUGUCUCUGGGGAACUUCUCAUGUGAUCAUUAUGUCAUCUGAUGAUUUGCCAUACUAUGUUACUUACAGGUGAUUUUAUUUUCUUAUGAACAGGAAAAAAGAAAAUGAGAGAAGGGUUUGAGGCUUUAGCUGUAGAGAUAGCACUAGGAAUGCAAAAGCCCCAAACACUAGUUAAGUUGUUUCUUAAGGGAAAAUCUUAGUUUGGACAGACUAAGAUUCCUGGUCCCCGACAAAGCCUCUGUUUUGGAAGACAGGACCGUGGGGCAGAGCCGGCAGGCAGGCUGUGACAAGGAAGCACAGGACCAGUUCUGAUGUUUGUCCUGCAGCACUGAAGCCUGCUACUCUCCUUCCAAGGUACCUGGCUGUUUUGGGGUGACGAGAGAUACGGUCCAAAUGUCAACAGAAAAGCUGCAACACCACAGCAGCAUCUUUAUCUUGAAAGACAGGGCGGUAUGUUCCAGAGAACAUUUACCUUAGUCCCACGCUCAGGUGAGAAGACCUCAAAAGUACAUUCUGCCCAGAAUCAACAUUGGAACAUUUUCCAAAUUGGCUUUUGCAACUAUACAUAAUCUUCUUGCCCUUCUUUCAACACCCACCCCCACUGUAAGCAUGUUUCCAAAAGCUUACAAUGUCAAAUCCAGGAAUGUCCCCAUGUCUACUAUUACCAGGCUUGCAAUUGGUUCUAUUUUUCCAUAAAAAACAUGCUUGUCCAAAAUAAGGAAACUGUGCAUUUAUUCCAUGCAUGUAAUAAACUCUGCAAGAAGUUUAACCCCCAUAGGUUUGCGGCACUACAAAACUGUUCAUGGGUCUAUGUAGCAAAUGAUUCUCUGCCUUGACAAUCGUGUAUACAUAUCAAGGUUUCUAUCAUAAUGAUGACAAUGAUGAAUUCUUGUUUUCCUCCAAUAAAGACAAUUAAUCACCUUCA